AUGACUCACCAACAUUUGCAUUUGUUGUGCGCGUUUACGUACUACGGAGGCGUAGGGCGGCGCACCCUUGCUAUAAGGCGGACUCGGAGGCUCCGUGCGGCACUCGACGACACGAUGAGACCGACCGCAGCCGCCCUGAUCGCGAUCGCACUAGCCGGUGCAACACUCACCGCAGCCCAGAGCAGAGACUACAGGCUUCAGAACCUGGACGUCCUAAAUCUACUGGAGAAGCCAUGGUUAGGCCUGAGUACUCAAAACCGUUGGGACAGACCUCGCAUUGAACAGGACCUCGAUAACAUUUACCCGAGGAUGAUCCGUCAACGUCAAGACGAUGAAGAGGCAAAAACGUACAAUGAUGAUGUUAUGAGGGUCGGGUCUGAAAAGCGAUCGGCAGUGGCAACAGCGCUAAACGCCGGUCGCCGGAGACGGCAGCCGACGCCCGCCCUCGGUAAGGCAGUCACGCCGUAUGUCGGCGUCGGAGUGCUCAACGAUGUGGGUUCAUUCUUUGACUCGCUGCGGGACAACCUGGAGACGCUGGCCUCACUCUCCCCGCAGCAAAGAUCCAACCUGUUCCAGGAACCACCUACUGUGGUACACGCUACUUCAUCUGGUGGCGGCGGUGGUGGUGGUGGAAUACGUAGACUCCACGCGCUCCGCCCACUCAGACCGACUGGAAACAUCAGAUCGGAUCUGGAGGCGUACGGAAGCUACCCUGGGGCCAAUCACCACGACCCUGGCCUUCUGUGGACCGGACUGGGCCGAUAGACGCCACGGCCUCAUCCACGUGCAUAAAAACUCUGAAUUCGCCGUCGAUUGUACGACUAACGCUCCUGAUUACUUAACCAAUUCAAAAUUCUCAACAGAAGAUUUAGAUUACUUUAAACAUAGAUUUUAUACUUCUAAAAU